ACUGAGCUUGUAGCAGCUAUGAGCUUGCGAACAGUCAUCCUGUUGAUCUCCUGCUUGCUGGGCACCAAUCUAGCAAUGGAUUGCCGGGAAGUUCCAGGGAAACUGAAGCAGAUCGAUGCAGGGUUGGGCCAGGUUUUUGGGGUGAAUGAAAAUGACCGCGUCUACACCCUUUACGGGGGAUCCUGGACCCAGCUACCUGGGGCCCUAAAGCAUGUUACCGUGGGACCCUCCGGGGUCUGGGGAGUCAACAAAAACAACCAAAUCUACAAACUUGUAGGUGGUGGCUGGGUUCAGGUGGGAGGCUCAAUGAAGCAAGUGGAUGCAGGAGGACACCAGUUUGUGGUGGGGGUCAACAUGACUAAUAAUGUGUACUGCAUGGGACGGUACGCCAGUGUGCGGUACAGAGGACCCGGGUCUCCUGCACCCUGGAACAUGCUUCCCGGGCACCUCAUGUACUACAGCUGUGGCCCCAAUGGCUGUUGGGGUGUCAAUUCAGCCCAGGACAUCUAUAUGAGGAAGUGGGUGACUCCGGCAGCAUGUGAGGACAACACAGAUUGGCAGUUGAUUUCAGGGAAGUUGGCAAUGAUUGAAGUGGGGACUGAUGGCAGCGUUUAUGGAGUCGAUGCAGUUGGAGAUGUAUACCGCAGAGACGGGAUCACUGCCGCAAACCCAGCAGGAAUUGACUGGAUAUACGAGAGCCCAUGCACCAAGAGCAAGCACGUGAGCUACGACGCUGGACACCUGUGGGUCGUCACCAAAGACAACAGGAUCCUGGACUGUGUUGUCUAAGAGCUUCAUCACAUAAUCACCACAUUAUAAUCAAAAAAAUGUUAUGCAUCCUUGAAUACCUCUAUGAACCUUCAUACUGUUACACGGUGCCUUUUGCUUCACAUGGUAAUGUAUCGUUUUUCAGAUAGGCUACACAGAAUCCGUGGU